UUUCCCAUGCGCACGCAUGUUAGUCAACUGCGACAUAAUUCUAUUGACACAAUAAUAAACGAGGUAUUACAACGCGAAACAUCCGAACUGUAGUGAAAUGUUAUGGUUUAACACGAUAUUCCCAUACUGUUCAAUAAAAUCCCACAACGAUAUAACUCCGGAACGUAAAGCUUGCACAGUGAGUGGCGAGAUGUAGUGAUGUAUAUAAAAAACAAAAUGUGCGGUGAUUUAACGAAAUGCUGAGCUUUUAUUCGGGUGGUAUUAUAAAUAGUUGUGUUAACCCACGCCUAGACGUUGGUAGACGAAAGAUCUUAAACAUCUGGUCGGAUAUGAUGCAAUUGCUACAGCAGCGGAUUUGAAACCUUAUGUUGUACAUUCAUUGGAUUAUAGCUAUUUAUAAAAACAAGAUGAUGUGGCCAUCUUCGCAAGCUAGCAAGAUUCUCGUGUUCUUGCUUCUAGUCAUUGUCGUGUACUGCAUUUAUAUGGACACAUUCCUGUUUCUGAGGAUCCGGAAUUUCAAGAUUGAUAUGUUCGACCCUCCCGAGAACGGUACCCAACAGGAGUCGUCGACGAAAUCUAUGAAAGAUCAGCCGAGGUACGAGGAAGUUACUUGGGUACCAUGUACAAUAAAUCCCCUGUGCCAUCCCACAGUCAAAGGCCUUAUGGUAGACCACAUAAAUCAUUACAUUUACGGACCAUUAUGUGAUAUAUUGGAUUUAGCUCUGAGUAUAUCUGAAAAGAUGUUAUUUAUUACUCCAAAUAUGAUAUCCUAUUUCCAUGUUUUUAUAGCAUGCAUUGGUGCUAAUUUGUUGACUUGUCAAAACUUAGCUGCUAGAAGGCUAGGUGUUGUUCUGUUCCAGUUGAGAAUGUUUUUGGAUGAUUUGGACGGACAUGUCGCUAGAUCGAGGAAGAAUAUCAAAGGUGAGAGAUCUGAAGUGGGCACAAUGGGCUACUGGGUGGAUGGCAUUUGUGACUUCAUUGGUGUUAUAGCUAUGAUGCUGGGUAUAUUAAUUUACUUGAAGAAUAAUCCACCCAGGAGAGGUUACAAGGGCACGCCAGUUAGCACGCUUCCCUAUCAUCAAUUGAAAGAGAUAAACUCUAGCGAGGACAUCGAAAAGGAGCAUACCACGGAAAUUGGUAUAUCAUAUAAGACUAAAGUGACUUUCCAAAGGAUUAUUCAAGUGCUAGGGCUGUUUUCUGGACAAAUGUUGCUGUCUUCAUUAACAUGGAACCGAUAUAUAGAUAUUUAUCAAGAUCUGCUCGAGAAUUGCACAGAGUACGACAUACUUAGAAGAGAGUCUGCUUUCAAAUCGGGCAUUUUCUUUUUUGCGACCGGUUUGUGGCGGAUUGUAAAUCCACAUAGCUACCUGCAUUUGUUGUCUUUAGCGGUAUUUUGUGACAAAACUUGGGUCUUUUUGAGGGCUGUACAUUAUAGUGGUUAUUUGUGCUUAGUGGUUGCCGUUGGCACGUCGGAAUAUCUUGUUGAUAAUAUAAGAACGUUUGUUAUAAACGGUGCUGAAGGCUGAUAGGUUAAUGAGGAAGUUUUGGUUAUCAAUCGUAAAGUCUUGCCAUCAAAGUUUAUUAUUAGUUGUGGCACAUUGUUGAAUCGUAUUUUGGAAAUUGUAUUGCAUUAUAAAUGUUGCGUAAGUCAGUUAUUGUUUACAUGUAAUGGGUAUGUUUGUAGGUCUGGUGCAGGUGCUUACAAUCUUUUGUACAUUGUAUGCAAAGAUAACAACUGAAGUUCGAUUACAUACAAAUGCCUCCUAAAACAACAAUUCAUUUUGUUAUCAAAUGUUUAAUAUAGACAUAUGUUCAUUGAUAACUAAAUGGCUGUAAAUAAAUACGUAUGAUAUUAUACUCUUUAUUUUACAUACACACACAUGUAUGGAACAAUUAUCUUUAAUAAAACACUGACUAAUAUAGACAGGAUGGAAUGUAUGUACGCGGGCGUAAACAAUGUCGAUGAAAAUCAAGUUAUUUUGCUGAUUCUAUAUGGCAAUUAUAUCGCCUAAUACAAUAAAUACAGUACAUAAACUUAUUUUCUUUUUAGAAACAAUUGAAGAGAUUUCCUUUCAAUUCACAUUUUAAGCCAAUUUUUAAUAAAAUGAAAUAAUUAAUUAAUACCUUCUUAUACGAAAUUUGUAAACCUAAAGAUAAUGGCUUAAAAACGCGGGAAAUAUCUAUUGUUAUAUUUUUUUCAAUUGAUGUAGGCAAAGGAAUGGUACUGUGCUGACAUACUUUCAAGUGCAAAUUAUAAACAAUUUGAUCGACUUCUGUGUUUACGAAACGGAAAUGCCCCGACUUUGUUCUCUUAUUACUAAUAACAAAAUUUCUUUCUCAUACAUGUGUGUGUGAUUAAAUGUUGUUACAAUUUAGAAUAUCGCAUUACAUGUGAAAUACCUCUUCAUAUAUAUCUUCCGUCAUAACUUCACAAUGACUUAUACAAAUUACAGGAUCAUAAUUUCCGUACCUAUUUGUAUCUAGAUUAGAUAGAGAUGUUAUCUAUAAAGGUCUACGUGGAUGGUCCUCGAAGAACUGUUUAGAUCGUUUAUAUUAUAGUUGUAUCCACUAUAAAGUGGGUUUAGGAUACGCAAAUCUGUCCUUUGUUCUUCCGCUUUGCGUUAAUUUAUUGCCAAUGGGUCUUCCAAAUAUUGUACCCAUAAUUUGUUAAUGUCAAAAUGGUAGGGAAAGAAUCUAUAAUACAAAAAAUUUUACGUUCACAAGCGGCUAAAAUAUCCUAAAUAAAAAAAUGAUUUUUGAUUAUGAUUUUGAAAGAAAAUCCACAAGUUAUUCUACUCCUAAUACUAGUGAGAGUAUGUCCAUUCCGUCACUAUAUUCAUAGGAGAUAAUACAAAUAAUAAAGACUUAAAAAAAAUUGUAAUUGCGGUUUACACCGAACGAACGAAUGCAUAUUCUCCGUCUUCCCUUGCUCUAGUCUAUACGUGUUGAAUUCAUGUAAUGAUACCAUUCUGAAUGCAUAAAUAAAAUUACCUCAUUUAUAAAGAAGUUAAAUCAAGCGAGCGAAUGCGAAUUCUUCCUUAUUCUUCCAAAUGUAGGUUAAAGUAAAUAAAUAGCAUUCUUGAAGAUUCAUUAGUUGUUCCAUUAAAUCUGAAGAAUCUUAUAUGUUCUUUUGUUUCAUCAUCAUCAUUAUCAUCGCAGGCCUGAAGACGUCCACUGCUGGACAUAGACAUAGGUUCUUUAGUCCAAUUUAAUUAUUACAAGCAUGGAAUAUUUGAUAAAGACGUGCUUUAU